UCCUUCAUUUCAGAGAAUCCAAAUCAAUCCAAAUUAGAAGAAGAAAGUGAAACAUUUCAAUUUCGAAAAAGAAAAUUCAAAACACGAGCUAUCGAAUAUGAAAACCAUUCGCCAUUUGAUGCUUCUGUUCCUCUUCUUCUUCUCAUUAUUAUUCUCCGUCCACGAAGCUAAAGCCGUCGAUCCUUACAAGGUUCUUGGGGUCGAGCGAAAUGCGAAUCAACGAGAGAUUCAAAAGGCUUUCCACAAGCUCUCUCUCCAAUAUCACCCCGACAAGAACAAAAACAAGGGUGCGGAAGAGAAGUUUGCUGAGAUUAAUAAUGCAUAUGAAAUUUUAUCUGAUGAAAAAAAGAGGAAGAAUUAUGAUCUAUAUGGAGAUGAGAAGGGUAGCCCCAGAUUUGAUGGCGGCAGUCAUGGGGAUCAUGAUGGAUACACCUAUUUUACUAGUGGUGGCCAAGGAAAUAAUCAUUUUACAUUUAGACCCGAUGGAUGGCAGAACAUGGGUGGGCAGGGAAAUUCAGAGGCUUUCUCCUUCUCGUUCGGGAACCCUGGCGCUAGCAGGGGCUCAUUUAGUUUUGGCUUGAAUGACAUUUUCUCCAACAUCUUUGGCGGUAAUACGAAAGGCGGGAAUCAGUUUGGUGGUUUCAGUGGCUCAGGCAGAUCGAGUUCUGGGUUUAGUUCUUCAGGGAACAUCCAGGCCGUUAAUUCGCAGGUGUUUAAGAAAGAAAUACAAGAUGAAGGAUUGACUUGGCUUUUGUUAUUCUACACCCCUUCUGCGAGGGGAUAUCAUAUGUUGGAACCCAUCAUAGAGGAGGUGGCAAGUUCAUUACAAGGAGCAAUAAAGGCUGGUAGUAUAAAUUGCCAAAAUGAGCAAACUCUUUGCAAGGAUCUUGGCAUGUGGCCCUCCAAAUCAGCGCAGAUAUUCAUUUAUUCAUAUAAAACAAGUGAUAGAGGUUCUUUGGUAGAAUAUAAAGGUGAUUUGGAUGCCAAGAGUUUGAAGAACUUCUGUCAAGACCAGUUGCCAAGCUUUUCGAAACGUGUGGACUUAAAUCGUUUUGAUUUCUCCUCAAGCACCUUGAAAAACCUACCUCAGGUGUUACUACUCUCGACAAAGAAGGAUAGACCUGUGAUCUGGCGUGCUCUCAGUGGCUUGUAUCAUAAGCACUUCAUUUUCUACGAUGCGGAGGCCCAUGAUGUUUCUGAUCCAAUGAUGAAAAGGCUAGGAGUCGAUGCACUUCCAGCUGUGAUUGGUAGGUUGUGUAAUGGGGAGAAGCAUGUCCUGAGAACUGGUGCUAUAAAAGAUUUGAAAUCUGGAAUCAGUGAGCUGAGAGCCUUACUAGAUAAUUUUGAGAAAAAGAACAAGAAGGCAACUUCAAGUCAAGCAAAAAGUCCAUCUCAGACCGAACCAGAAGAGAGAGAGAUUCCUCAUCUCACACUUUCAAAUAUGGGUGCUGUUUGUGGUGAUAACACUGCUGUAUGCAUUAUUGGUGUUUACAGAUCGUCCAAAGCAAAGGAGAAGCUAGAAUCUAUUUUAUACACUGUCUCCCAGAAGACAUUUUCAAGGCGACAGAAUCAACACUAUAGCUCUCGAGAUUCAGUUACAUACUGUUUGUUGGACAGUGUGAAGCAGCCAGCAUUUCUCAACUCCUUCGACAAGUCUGGGUUCAAGUCCUCAGACAAACUCCUGGUGGCUUACAAGCCCCGGAAAGGUAAGUUUGCUGUAUUUAAGGAUGAAUUUGCGUUUGAAGAGGUUGAGCAGUUCAUCGGUUCAGUUCUCAAUGGGGACAUUCAGUUUUCAAAGGUCCGUCAAAAACCCGUCCUCAGAUAAGAUAGUUACAGGCAGAAAAAAACACAGAAAGCCAAUUUUGAGACUUGUAUACAAGUUGGCGACAAAUACUGUACAAAUUUUCAUCCUUGUCCAGAGUUGCAGUGGUGAGGUGAGAGAAAAAUGCUAUACUGAGAGCCAUCGGAUGGGAGCCACUUUCGUCAAACUAUGGUUCCAUGUAUGAUAGGGGACUAUCCUAAAACAUGAUUGGGAAAUUUUGUUGUAGCCACAUGAACUUUGUACUGUUUAACUUAUCAAUGGAAAUCAUCUUGCAAUUCUCAGAUCUUU